CCCCCCCCCUCUCUCCACCACCCCUCCUCUCCCACUUUAUACCCCGGAAACCCUUCAAGUUUCUUCUCACAGCCAAAAUGGGUGCCAUUCCUGACGCCGAUCCCGAGGAGCCCCAGGAGACCAAGCCCUUCAAGUUCGUGACAGCCAGCUACGACGCUCGCUUCCCCCAGCAGAACCAGACCAAGCACUGCUGGCAGAACUACGUCGACUACUACAAGUGUGUCAACGCCAAGGGCGAGGAUUUCCGUCCCUGCACUCAGUUCUUCCACGCCUUCCGAGCACUCUGCCCCAAGGCCUGGACUGACCGCUGGGACGGCCAGCGCGAGGCCGGCAACUUCCCCGCUCGUCUGGACUAGUGCAUUCCCAUCGUUGAUCGCGAUUGUUGAUUGCUGUUAAGUUCUUUUCCUCUCAACAUGUACUCUAUGUGGUCGAAGCGGGAAUAGAUCCGGGCCUGGGGUGACUCCGGGCGCCGGGUGUAUAUAGUCUCGCGUUAGCUCAAGCCAAUGUGCAAUUAUGUGGUUGGAAGAUACAAGAAAAAAAAAAA